CCAGCUCUGCACCCUGCUUCGUUCGUUGCAGUGCGGCGCACUUCUGGCUUCCCACCCUCAAAAACUGUGUGCAUCGUCCUCAUCUAAAAACAUGAGCGCAUCAGCAGACCCCUCUAUGUAUGUAAUAAUCAACUCAGGAUUCGGCCACUGUCUCACACACCCCUUGGCACUCGGCAAUCGGUAUUAUGAAGGAGCCGUGGGCCGCCCACACUCGACGCAAUGUAACACGCAUUCAAAAUAUAUCAUGUUUCACGAAGUCGCAACCCCACACAUAUUCACCACCUACCCACUGCUGCACUUUGGGCCCUCCACCCGGUGCGACUCCCUAAGCAACACCAUAUGUGUGGGCCUCCAUCUUAUCGCUCAUCCAUACAGCGCAACGUGGUCGGAGCUGGCUGAUUCCCAGACCUUGAGUGAACAAAAUGGCCGUCACGGUUAACAACAUCCUUGCAUCCGUCCUUGAGAGGACGGGAGUCGCACUCCCCAGUGCUAUCCUCAUCUUGGCCAUUCUUGCCCUGCUCUACCCGGACAGGGUUAUUGGUACCGCAGCGCCGCGUCCAGGUAUCCCUCGAAUGCCAGGAGCGCUUCCGCUUAUUGGCAACACUUGGGUCUUGAUCAAGAAUGGAACCGAGGAACAAUUUCAUCGACUCCAAGAUUUCACCAAGGAUAACAAGAUCGGCGUGUUGCAGACGAGUGUGCUUGGGCUUGGCCGUCAAUUCAUCGUGGUCCGCCCCGAGUACAUUGAGGCCGUUCAAAAGACAUACUUUGAUCAUUUUGUCAAGGGUCGGAUGUUCCGAGCUCGCUUCGAGGAUGUUCUUGGCGUGCAUGGCAUUUUUGUCGCCGACGGAGAAAACUGGAAAGGCCAGCGAAAGCGUGCCAGUCACAUCUUCAGUGCUGGUCAAUUUCGUAACUGGGUGCAGACGACCGUGCACGGCGAGCUCAAGCAAGUGUUCAGCUUGCUCCAAGAGGUCGCUUCCCGCAAAUCAUCCGGCAGCAACAAGAUCCUCCUUCCUGAGCUCUUCUUCCGGUACACGCUGUCAUCGUUCAGCAAGAUGGCCUUCUCGGCUGAUCUUAAGUGCCUCAGCUCAUCGCCAGAUGUGCUCGAGACGCCAGUACCUUUCGCGACGGCUUUCGACUUUGCGCAAUGCGUAAUCAAUGAGCGCUUCGUCUACCCCGGUUUCCAGAUUUACGAACUCUUUAGUUCUAACGGGCGGAAGAUGCGGCAGGCGAUCCAGCAGCUGCGCAAAACGGGUCUCGAGAUCAUAUCUGACCGCAUCGAACGGCGUCAACAGGAGCAGAAACAUGGCGCGGAUGCUCCGAAGGAGAAGCGUGCGAUCGAGAAGGACGGUAAGGACAUGCUCGAUCUCUUCAUGGAUAUAACCACCGACCCGGAAGACCUGCUGGUGGUCGUCAUGAACUUCCUCAUCGCCGGACGCGACACGACGGCUCAGUCGCUCAGCUGGCUCUUCUUCGAGCUCUUCCAGCACCCAGAGCACGUCAAGGAGCUGAUCACGGAGAUCGAGUCUGUGUACGGUGCGCAAAUGGCAGACAAGCCACACCUAAUGGGCUACGACGACAUGAAGAAGCUUCCAUUUACGCAGGCUUGCUUUUCCGAGGCCGUACGCCUGCACCCCGCCGUGCCAAAGAACGGGAAAAUCUGCUGCAAAGACGUCCUAUUGAAGCCGGCGGGGCCGAAUCCAGACAACUUGCCAGCGUUCGAAGUGAAGAAAGGAGAGUGGUGCGGCUGGUCCGACUGGGUCAUGAACCGUCGCACGGAUGUUUGGGGAGAGGAUGCGGCUGAAUACAACCCUUACCGGUUUAUAUCUGUCAAUGAGACCACCGGCACGCGCACCUUCAUCAGUCAUAACCAGUGGAAGUUCCACUCGUUCAACGGAGGGCCCCGUCUGUGCCUCGGCCAGUGAGUGCUUCGCUCAUUUUUUUCUUAGAUGUGUUCCCGAAGUACCGGCUUACUUGCAAGACUCUGAUACCGUGCGCGUUUCCAGGACACUCGCAUACUACGAGGGUUGCGCUUUCCUCGUCGCCGUGGUCCCUAAGUUCAAGAUCUCAUGGGCUACCAAGGAGGAGGGGCAAGUGGCACACUGGCCACUCAGGUACCUCAGCUCGGUUACCCACCCGUGCGAAC